AUGCAUAGUAAACUUGGGCCAGCUAAAGCCAAAGAGUGGGGGGCAAAGAAACAGAAAGAUCCGCAAAUUCGAUUUAAAGAAUAUUUCAAUGAUGUUAUUUUUGAUAGAUUGAAGAGAGAGCAAAAAGAUGUCGAAAAGAAAAUUAUUCUGAUUGAAGGAGACACGAGUCUAUUGAAUUUAGGAUUGUCGGAGAAGGACCGCGAUCGUAUUAAAGAUACCGACUUAAUUUUUCACAGUGCAGCAUCCGUCCGUUUUAUGGAAAAUCUUCGUUUUAUAGUUAAUACAAAUAUUAGAGGAACAAGGGAUCUCCUGUUGCUUGCACAGGAGGUGACACGCUUAAAGGCCUUUGUUUAUGUUUCAACAGCUUAUUCGCACUGUGUAUACAAUAAUAUCGAAGAAAAAUUUUAUAAGCUAUUUAUGAAGAAAGAAGACAUAAUUAGAUUGACAGAGACAUUAACCCAAGACUAUUCAAAUAGAAUUCCAACUUGCAUCGUUCAGUCAUUCCUUGUUGUUCCAACGAAAAAGGAACCGAUUGUUGGUUGGAUAAAUAAUAUCUAUGGACUAACAGGUGUAACUUAUGGUAGCUCGUCCGGUAUUUUACGAACGCUGUAUUGUAAUAGUAACUUAAUUUGCGAUAUAAUUCCUGCCGACUACGUUAUCAAUAACAUUAUUGCUGCAGCAUGGGAC